AGCGCGUUUUUUGAUCUUGGUGAAAACUAUGCUAGUUGACCGAAGAUGGAUAAUAUCAUAAAUGAACAUGAAAAUAGCCCACUCCAGUCUGAAGAUGACAUUUUACAAUGUGAUAGAUAUGGCUUUCGUGGUGGCCAGCAGUAUACAAAUCCAGAGGAAGAAGAUCGUGUUCCCAUCGAGGUUAUACGUUCACGAGAGUUAAAAUGGAGAAAAAUGUGUUCUAAUUGGAGUUUAUGGUAUUUUAAAUACCAUCAAAAGCUACGUGAUCGAUGUCGAAAAGGAAUUCCUGAUUCAUUUCGUUGUGAAGCAUGGCAACGACUUUGUGCAAGCCCAAUGGUACUUGUUCAACGUCAACGAAUUACAUGUGAUGAAACUGUCGAGACAAAAACAACAAUUACAGGAACUAAUCAAAGUGUUGAUCAUAGUAGUAAAAGUAAAUUUCCUAGGCAUCGUUUUGGCACAUUAUCAAAUCGAACAAAUUUUAAAAGUUUACAAAUGGUUAUCACUUCUCCAAGUUUUCGUACUAGUCAAAUUAAAGAAGACGAUAGACGCAAACUUUUAUUUCGAAAAUUGCACGGCACUGACAGUACUGUGUUAAUUCAAGGGUCUAGUUUCCAUUCUUUACGCAUUAGCAGGGUUAAAGAUGUUAUUCCUGAUUCACAUGAUAGCUGUCGAUAUCCUUCAGCACUACCUCUUUCCUUACAAAAUCACGAGAGUCCAAAUACUCAAAGAAUAUCACCGUGGCAGCGAAAUACUUUCAAUAGCGAAUCCAUUCGAUCAAUAUCCGGUACAACUCAUAGCAGUCUUCAUAAUUUACCUUCUAGUGCAUUGAACAAUGUUAAUUCUUCAAUGUUUAACCAAUCAGCAUUACCUAAUUCAGGUUAUUCAACAAUUGCAUCUGUUCAUGGCAAAUCAUGUUCACCAGAAUCACAUAUUGAUACUACUGAUAUGAUAAAAUCAAAUCAUGUUACAACUACUAGAAAUUCCGGUGGUUAUGCUAGUCUUAGUACGACAUCUUGUACAGAUAGUUCUAGUACAAAUCAUUUUCAAAACGAAAUUCAAAUUCACGAAGCAUCAUCCACAGAUUCAUGUACUUCCAUUUUAAUAUCAUCAUCUAUUGGAUCGUCAUCAUCACCAAUUUUACAUCGAAUUACACGAAAUAUUGACGUGUUUUCUAACCAAACAAGUGGUGAUAUUCUAACAGAAUACGAUAAUGAUGAUCCCAGAGCUACACUUGUCCCAUCGAUUGAUUUAGAUCCAGAGAAAUUAUAUACAAAUUAUUGCUUACAAGAAGGGACAUCAGUUAAUUGUGAUCAAAUACGUCGUGAUAUUGAUCGCCAAUUUCCUUUCCAUGAAUUAUUCAGUGAAAAGGGAGGUCAUGGUCAAGAAAGUUUAUACACCUUACUAAAAGCUUAUACAAUUAGACAUCCGGAGAAAGGUUACUGUCAAGGUCAAGCCCCACUAGCAGCUGUCCUACUCAUGUUUAUGCCGGAAGUUGAUGCCUUUUGGACUUUCAAUGAAAUUUGUGAACGUUAUUUAGAAUCUUAUUAUGAUGAUGGUCUUGAACGAGUGCAAAUUGACGGGGACGUCUUAUAUGCGCUUCUUAAGUCGAUACAUCCUCCAAUAUACAAAUUUUUACGAAAAUAUUCAGUGGAACCAAAUCUUGUCGUUUUGGAAUGGUUCAUGUGCGCUUACACACGAACUUUACCUUGGACAGCUGUAUUAAGAAUAUGGGACUUGUUCUUCUGUGAUGGUAAAAUCAUAUUAUUUAAAGUGGCUAUUGUUUUAUUGAAUCGUUUAUUUGGACAUCCUUCUCACCGUAAAUCAUGUCAAGGACUUGACGAUAUUCUUAUGAGAUUACGUGAAGUAUCAUCUGUUGUUGGCAAAUUGGAUAAUUUCAUCCGUGAAGUAAGUUAAACAUAAAUAAUAUUUGUAUAGCAGGCUUUCAUUUUACUUGGCAAUUGAAGUGAAAUGAAUGUCUUAUUGAUUAGUUAGUUGUCCAUUUUUGUAGAGCAGUGAAUACGUGUAACUUUGUAAGCUUCCGGACACCACUUUUCCUAUCUCUCUCUGUCUCUCUCUUUAUCCCACAUCAUAUUCUAAAGCACAUUCUGUUGUUGCAAGGAUAAAUAAAUAUUGUUAUUCUUAAUGUUGUGUAAAAGUUCAUACUACUGUUUGCGUUCACUUUUAAUGUAGCAGUCGAACUGAUCAACUUAUUAAUAUUAAAUAUUGCAUUCUAGUGAAUUAACUAACUUUUGUUUCAUUAUUCAGCUAAACAAAACAUGAAAUAUAAUUAUCAAUAAGUGCAUAUUAUUGAUAUGUAGUAUCGCUGUUUAGAAUGGACCAGUCUACUUUCGUUAUCGACGCCACAAUUCAAAAUACUCGAUUUGUUAGAUAAAUACUACAUCAUUCUCAUUUAGUCCAGAUUCUCAAUGUUAUAUCAGCUAGCUUAUUUAUCUUAUUUUGAAACGUUACACCUGACUUCAGUUUUGCUGGUUCGUUAGUUUCACUGUGUGUACGCCGAUCAUGAUAUAUGUUCUAAAGACAAGUUGAAAUUCUCUUAUUUCCACUUAUAUUUUUUCAAAACAAUUAAGUUCAAUCAUUGCUAGGUAUCACAUUGAUUGUAAUUGUAUUUUAUGGCUUACAACCUACCGAUACGCAUCGACGACCUUAAGUAACCAAUACACAGCAAAUGAGAGGGAGAUCGAUACUCUAUAUCUGACGGUCGGCUUAAGACUAACUAGCCUUGAACGAAGAGGAAUGAUACAAGACCAAUGAUCACUAGUUAAAAAUCGUCUUCAUAUUUUAGAUACUCAUUUAUAUAAAUGCAAGACUAGACCACAAAGCAGACCAAUUGAGUAACAGUAUUAAGACGGAACAACCACAUAAUUGGUGAGAAAAACGGAGUACUGGGUACACAAAUAAUCGGUUCUGGUUUAUAAAUGUAAAAUGACAUAGCAAUAAUUUACGGUUCAAUUAAAAGCUUGGAACAAGAGUAAUACGAAAAUAAUAAAACCAAAAUACUUAACAAAUAUGCGAUAUAUAUAAUCGUAGAAAAGUAACUUCGAAAGUCCUUAUCUCAUAGUUAUCUACAAUACUGUAUAUUUCUUAAAUAAACUUGGAAUAUCUGAGGAUGAUAGAACUACAGAACAUUGAGCGACUGACUGUUUCUUGAAAGUAUGAAUUAUCUUUCGCUAAGAUUGCAAAUAAACCAUUCAAUGUUUUUGCACAUAGAGUUCUAUAAUGUAUAUCAACAUUUCUUUGUGCUGAAAAAGAAAAGAAACCGAUAGAACUGUUAGCUUGUUGCAUUAUCAUUAUGUAGUUCAGUACUUUUUUAUGUAUGACCAGUGGAGGUGAGAUGUAAUUGGCCAGUGGACAAAAAUAAACAAACACAGUUUGUUAAACUUUGUGACACUAAUGUUGUGAAUUCCUUUUUAUCAUUGAUUUCACUGUGAUCUCUAUCCUGUUUGUAGAUUUCUAGUAUUUGUGUUAAAUAAAUUAUUGUCUAGCCUAAAAUAUACGGAAAAUGCCCCGCACACUCAGGGAGUUGCUCUGAUGCUGUCCAAAGUAGCACUUAAAGUACUUGUAGGAUGGGAAUCUCAUACCAUACACCCAGGAUCAUCAAAGCAUUCUUCAAAACAAAGAAGGAGGGAAUCACAAGGAAUGUUAUUCAGUAUUAUGCACCCACCAAUUAUAGUAAUGAAUACGAUAAAGACCAAUUUAAUUAGAGGCUACAAUCGAUUAUAGCGAAGUGCUCAAGAAAGGACUUGAUGAUCCAGAUGGGAGACUUAAAAGCAAAGUCGGAAUGGACAACACCGAAUAUGAAGAUAUCAUGAGACGACAUGGACUGGGAAAAAGAAACGUGAAUAGUGACAGAAUUGCAAAUUUAUGUGCCUUCCGAAAAAUGGUUAUAGACAGUACAAUAUUCCCCCACAAACGCACACACAAUGUUACAUGGGUGUCACUGAAUCACACUACAGAGGAACAGAUCAAUCAUAUUUGCACCACUAAAAAAUUCAGAAAGUCAAUGGAAGACGUGAGAACCAGGAGCUGAGCCGACAUAGCUUCAGAUCACCACCACUUGAUAGUUGUCAAGAUGAAACUAAAACUAAAAAACAGUGGACAACUAGAGGAACAGGAUUACAAAGUUUCAAUACAGCCUUCCUUUAAGAUACUAACAAACUCAGGGAAUUCAAGAUAAUUCUCAACAACAGGAUCUACUGAAAGAAACUACUAUGGAAGACAACUGGAAAGGGAUCAAAGAUGCACUAACUUCAACGUGUCAGUAGGUUCUGGGUCUCAAGAAGCAUCAUCAUAAGGAAUAGAUUUCUAUGGAAACCCUGGACAAGAUUU